AUGAGCUCAGGGGUGUUCCCGUGUUCCGCGGCGCACGUUGCCGGGAGGAGUCGGUCGUGUUGUCCCGGCGGAGCGAACAAGCUGUACCCAGAUCCGAUUACCGGUUUGGCAGCCGUCGGGUCUGCGCUCACACGGCCGCCUCCCGACGCCUUCCAGACGUCAGCGCGGAGAAGCCCGUGUUUACGAAGAAUUUUUAUUUUUUGCUUAUUCAUAGGCUCAGCUAAUGGCUGUGAGAGAACUUCUUUUGCAUUUUUGCGACAAGAACUUCCUGUGAGGUUUGCAAACAUACUGAAAGAAAUUGAUCUGCUUCCUGACAGACUGCUAGGCACUCCAUCAGUACAGUUAGUAAAAAGCUGGUACAUCCAAAGCUUAAUGGAGCUGGUUGAGUUCCAUCAGAAAAGCCCAGAUGACCAAAAAGUCUUAUCCGAAUUUAUAGAUACAUUAAUUAGAGUCCGAAACAGACAUCAUGAUGUGGUUCCUACGAUGGCAGAAGGAGUAAUUGAAUACAAAGAUACUUUUAAAGUAGAUCCUGUCACCAAUCAAAACAUUCAGUAUUUUUUGGAUCGUUUUUACAUGAGCCGCAUUUCCAUCCGGAUGCUAAUGAACCAACACACCCUGCUUUUUGAUGAUAAAUCUGGCUCAGGGCAUCCGAGGCACAUUGGAAGUAUUGAUCCUUGCUGUGAUGUUGCUGAAGUAGUGAAUGAUGCUUUUGCAAGUUCCAAGAUGUUGUGUGACCAGUAUUACUUAACAUCUCCAGAGCUGAAACUUAAUCAAGUGAAUGGAAAAUUUCCAGGGGAGCCAAUUAACAUUGUGUAUGUUCCGUCUCAUCUUUUUCACAUGCUUUUUGAGCUCUUCAAGAAUUCAAUGAGGGCAACUGUUGAAUUCCAAGAAAACAAUCCUUCCCUUUCUCCAAUUGACGUGACAGUUGUUCUAGGACAAGAAGACCUGUCAAUUAAGAUCUCAGACAGAGGAGGUGGUGUUCCAGUAAGGAGAAUUGAGCAGCUGUUCAGCUACAUGUAUUCCACAGCACCAAGGCCGAGGAUGGAUGAUGGUCGAAAUACCCCUCUUGCUGGCUUUGGCUAUGGCUUGCCAAUUUCUCGUCUUUAUGCUAAAUACUUUCAAGGAGAUAUAAAUCUCUACUCCAUAUGUGGUUAUGGAACAGACGCUAUUAUCUACUUGAAGGCCCUGUCAACAGAAUCAGUAGAAAAACUCCCAGUUUUCAACAAAUCAGCUUCCAAGCAUUACCAGGCUACCUCAGAGGCGGAUGACUGGUGUGUCCCAAGUAGAGACCCAAAGAAUGUAUCAAAGCAGAGUGCAGCUCUCUGA